AUGGGCUCCAUCGAUGUCUCCAACGACUUUUGGCAGAAAGCCGACAAAUACCUCAUGACAACGGGUGUUCCAUUCUCCCCCGUUGUCAUCACCCGAGCUAAAGGCACUCGCCUUUUUGAUUCCUCGGGCCGGUCAAUCCUCGACUUUACUUCUGGCCAGAUGAGUUCUCUUCUCGGUCAUUCUCAUCCCGAGAUCGUCGAGGUGGUCAAACAAUACGUCUCUGAGCUUGACCACCUUCUCAGCAACAUGAUCAGCCACCCUGUCAUCGACCUCGCCGAGCGUCUCGCUAAAGUCCUGCCUGCUCCGCUUCAGAAGUCCUUUUUCUUGAACACCGGAUCUGAGUCGACUGAAGCUGCUAUAAAAAUGGCUAAAUACUAUACCGGAAACUUCGAGAUCGUCGCCUUUGCUGCCAGCUACCAUGGUCUUACUCAAGGCUCUGGCUCUGCCACAUACUCUGCCGGCAGAAAGAGAGGUGGCCCUUGCACACCCGGUCAGCUAGCAUUCCCUGCCCCAUACGCAUAUCGCUCGCCUUUCCGGAAGGCUGACGGGUCAUACGAUUGGGAGACUGAAAUGGACUAUGGGUGGGCCAUGAUUGACCGCCAAAGCGUGGGUUCUCUUGCUGCCUUCAUCAUGGAGCCGAUUCUAUCUACCGGUGGCAUCCUGGAUCUACCUGAAGGCUACAUGCAGCGCAUGGUCGCCGAGUGCAAGAAGCGAAACAUGCUAGUUAUUAUGGACGAGGCCCAGACGGGCGUCGGUCGUACUGGCCAUAUGUUUGCGUUUGAGAACGAUGGCAUCGUGCCUGAUAUUCUCUCUCUUUCGAAAACCCUCGGAUGUGGUCUGCCCCUAGCUUCUGUUAGUACCACUGCAGAAAUUGAGCGCGGCUGCAAAGAAGCCGGCUUCCUGUGGCUCACUACCCACCUCAACGAUCCACUGACUGCUGCCGUCGGUAACAAGGUGCUUGAGAUUGUCGAGCGAGACGGCAUUUGCAGACGCGCCACUGAGCGUGGCGAACAGCUCCGAAAGGGUCUUCUCAAACUCAAAGAGAAAUACUGGUGUAUUGGGGACGUUCGUGGUCGCGGCCUUCUCCAGGGAAUUGAAAUCAUCGCUGACGCUCAGACGAGGGCCCCAGGAUCCGAUCUUGGGCAGGCUGUUUCUGACCGUGCUAUGGCUUGUGGUCUUUCUUGCAACAUUGUCAACCUUCCCGGUAUGGGUGGCGUCUUCCGUCUCGCCCCUCCAGUCACUGUUACUGCCGAUGAAAUUGAGGAAGGUCUUCAGGUUUUGGAUGAAGCUUUCGGAUAUGUUCUCAAGACUCAAAAAGUCUAG